AUGUUUCUAUUUUCAGAUAUCUUCUAUGGAAUGCCGCCAGUACACGAGCCCACAGCGACGACUUCAGCAGCAUCGUCGGUGUGGCAGAUUGGAAUGCCCCAGUUAAAAUCACAAGUCGAUCUCAUAAAUUUCGCUCGUGGGAUUCUUUCGACACAAACGACAUCAACGACCGCUUCACGAGAUAUCCAGAAUUUGAACCCGAUCGUUGGUUCGGUGGCCUCCAGAAAAUCACCGACAGCAAUGACUGCCGUAAGCGCCGCUGCAGCAAAUAUUACUCCUCAGAUCGGGCUCGCUUCGCUCGGAUCUUUCACGACUCUGCCACCGGAACUGCUGCUCCAAUUCGCCAGGCUGGAUAACCUCAACUUAUUCCCGUAA